AGCUUGUGCUCGCUCGCAUGCGGUUCGGCUUAUGUAUUUCACCAUAUGUCGUCAUCUCAUUUCAGAGUGCAGCGUGCUUGACGACGUUCAGGAUUAUUCAGGAGGUCGACACAAGACGAAAACGACAGAGAUCAGCUUAAUCUGCAGUUUGUUAAAAAUUUACCAUGAACAAUAACGGCAUCGCUGACGGUCCUCAAUUCCUUCCGUUGGAUCCCACGUUUGGGACAAAGGCCAUCCACUCUGGAUACGUUCCCAAGGAUUGGAACUUUGCACCUGUUGUUCCACCACUAGUACUCUCGACUACUUUCGAGCAGGAUGGACCCGCACAACACCGCGGAUUUGAGUAUACCCGAAGUGGAAAUCCAACUCGUCAAAUUCUAGAAGAAACCUUGGCUAAAUUAGACGGUGGAAAAUAUGGCAUGGUCUUUGCAUCUGGUUUGGCAGCGACAACGAACGUGGUAGCAAUGCUGAAUAGUGGAGAUCAUAUCGUUUCAAUGGACGAUGUUUAUGGAGGAACUGGUCGGUUGUUCCGCCAAAUGCAUAAGACGGCGAAUAUUCAGCCAGAUUUUGUGGACAUGACAGAUUUGGCUGCGUUUGAGAAAGCGUUGAGUCCUAAGACUAAAUUGGUCUGGAUUGAAACGCCGACGAAUCCUACCCUGAAAAUUGUGGAUAUUGCGAAAGUUUCUGAGAUAGCGCACAAAUUUAACAAGGACAUCAUUGUGGCUGUUGAUAAUACUUUUUUGACAUCAUUCUACCAAAAACCCCUCACAUUUGGGGCGGAUAUGGUCGUAUACAGUCUUACAAAGUAUAUGAACGGUCAUAGUGAUGUUCUCAUGGGGGCAAUUGUACUUAACCGAGAAGAUUUGAAAGAUAGAAUUGCAUUCCUUCAAAACUCACUGGGAGCAGUCCCUUCACCCUUCGAUUGUUAUCUUCUGUUGCGUAGUCUUCGUACUCUUCAUGUCAGGAUGCCACUGCACAUGAAGAACGCGUAUACGAUUGCAAAGUUCUUGUCUAAGCACCCAAAAGUUGAAAAAGUCUUGCAUCCUGGUCUACCAUCUCAUCCUCAACAUGAACUUUCGUUGAAACAAACCUCUGGACAUUCUGGUCUUAUUGCUUUUUACAUCAAGGAUGGAAGUGGUGCUAAGUUUUUGCAAAACUUGAAAGUUUUCAGUCUUGCGGAGAGCUUGGGCGGCUAUGAAAGUCUUGCAGAACUUCCAUAUUCAAUGACCCAUGCAUCCGUCCCAGCCGAUCUACGGAAACAACUUGGAAUCACUGAGGGAUUUAUCCGAAUUUCAGUUGGAUUAGAGUCUGAGGCAGAUUUGAUUUCAGAUUUGAGCGACGCCCUGGACAAUUGCUAAAUUGUUAAAGUUAGCACUACUGAACUGGACCACACCACACUCCUCUUGGCUCAUGCAUAUCUUUGAAUUAUGAUAUCUGUGUUUUAUCAUUAUUAUUUGUUACGUUCUUUCUAAAUCAUUCCAUUAAUGUCAUGAACAACCCUCGUGCAAAAACUUUGUAAUUUACCACACAGCCUUUUUUGAUCGGAAAUAAAUUGUGCAAAAAUUGUCGUAUUAA